AUGGCGAGCGAGGCACAAUUCGAUGCGGCCUUAGAUCUCCUGCGAAGGUUAUCUCCGCUCAAAGUAUCGAACAACCUCAAUGCGAUCACGACCCUCGUGCCCGACUUGACCGAAGACCUGCUCUCUUCUGUGGACCAACCCCUGACCUCGGCGAGAUGCAAGAAGACGGGCCGUGACUACUUGCUGUGUGACUACAAUAGAGAUGGGGACUCGUAUCGAAGUCCAUGGAGCAACGAAUUUGACCCACCACUCGACGACGCAACAUAUCCUAGCGACCGGGUGAGAAAGAUGGAGGUGGAGGCCAACACUGCAUUCGACGUUUACCGCCAAAUGUACUACGAAGGUGGUACCGGAAGCGUAUAUCUGUGGGAUCUCGACGACGGCUUUGCUGGGGUCGUUCUACUGAAAAAGAGCGGCGGUAAAGAAGCCGGAUGGGACAGUAUCCAUGUCUUCGAGGUUGACGAGAGAAGAGGCAGUGGCCGCACAUGUCACUACAAGUUGACCAGUACUGUGAUUCUGCAUCUGGGUCGAGAGAAUGAGGCGGUCGGUUCGUUAAAGUUGGCGGGCAGCAUGACCAGGCAGGUGGAGGCAGACUUGGUGGUAGACAAUGUCGGCGGACAAGGGAAAGACGGAGGCCACGUGUGCAACAUCGGUCGUCUUGUUGAAGACAUGGAGGGCAAGAUGAGGAAUAUGCUGCAAGAGGUAUAUUUUGGGAAAGCGAAGGACGUCGUGGGCGACCUCCGGAGCGUGGCACCUUUGACGGACAUCAAUCAGGAACGACAGGCCCAGAGAGAUGUGAUAUCCAGCAUGGGAAAAUGA